AUGCAUCAUUCAGGUCUGAACAUAAUAGAGCCAACCAGGAACCCGGAGGUUCCACCCAGAACCAACAGCAGCUCUGUGGCCGUUGCGAUUCUUGUGCCUUUCUUUGCCCUGAUUUUUGCAGGCUUUGGCUUUUAUCUCUAUAAACAGAGGAAGUCUGAUAAAGCGGAGUACAGCGGCUGCUCUGUGCAUGAAAACAACAACGGCCAGGCUACAUUCGAAAAUCCAAUGUACAACACCAAUUCCAAAUCCAUCGAGGGAAAGGUCGUCCGCUUCGAUCCCAAUCUCAAUACGGUUUGCACAAUGGUUUGAGGGUUUGAUGCUGUCAGAACGGUCACUUUUGGGUUGGUAUAUUUCUUGUUUUAGUCUCUUCGAAGCAACUUUCAAGCACAGUUUGGGAUGCGGUACUGACACAGCGGCUCAAAGCUGUGCACAGAUUUGCAGGAAAACGUCAUGUUCUUCACUGUUCGAGUGGAGAAUUAUAUAUUAUC